UUUGUGCUUAUUUUAGCUGCCCCAUCCCUCGAAAGUCGCAGCGUAACAGAAUCCUGGGUGACAUUUGAUCCGGGUUGUACGCUGUUGGAGUGGCACUGACUGUACGAAAAGGACUCAUACAAGGGAGCCUGUGAGUGGUGGGUAUAUCUAAGACAAUAAUAUAUAGGAGGGAGAGAGCUAUUGGCAGGUGGGGUUCAGGAAGGGCAUGGAAAUUCUGUUCCUGGUUAUGACUUGCUUCUACACUGAUCUGUUGCCACUAUAGACCACUAUAAAGCCCAGACAAACAGGCAGAUAGACUGUAGGAAAAAGAGGAAUGAUGGAGCAGAACGAUGGAGAGAGAAUGGAGAAGAAUGAGACAGAAACAAUGGACAAGGACGAGAGAGCCAGCGCGACCAGUGAACCAAAGAUCAACUACAGAGGAUGGAAAGCCAUGCCCUUCAUUAUAGGGAAUGAGACUUUUGAGAAGCUUGGAGCCAUUGGAACCUUGGCCAACCUGUUGAUCUAUCUGACCAAGGAAUUCAACAUGAAGACCAUCACGGCCGCAAAUAUCAUCAACAUCUUCAAUGGCACCGCAAAUUUCUCUACCUUGCUGGGAGCCUUCUUCUCCGACACCUACUUCGGUCGCUACAAGACCCUAGCAUUCUGCACUAUUGCCUCUUACAUGGGACUUCAAGUAAUACAACUAACGGCGGCCAUCAAGAACCUGCACCCUCCACACUGCGGCAGCCAGAAGUUCUGCACCAGGCCCACUGGAGGGCAAAUGGCGUUUCUCAUAUUGGGGUUCGCACUGCUAAUUACAGGAGCCGCAGGUAUCAGGCCGUGCAACUUAGCUUUUGGAGCCGACCAAUUCGAUCCAAAAACCGAAUCUGGAAAGAGAGGGAUAAACAGCUUCUUUAACUGGUAUUUCUUCACCUUCACUUUCGCCCAGAUGGUUUCCUUGACGCUCAUAGUCUAUGUGCAAUCGAACGUGAGCUGGGCUAUUGGUUUAGCGAUUCCCGCGAUCUUGAUGCUCAUAUCUUGCGCAAUCUUCUUCAUGGGUUCUAAGAUGUAUGUGAAAGUGAAAGCCACGGGAAGUCCACUCACUAGUGUCGUACAGGUCCUAGCAGCUGCUAUUAAAAAGAACAGGCUGAAGCAACCCGAGCAGCCAUGGCUUUCUCUUUACUCAUAUACACCAGCGAGGUCUAUUAACUCUAAGCUUUCAUAUACAGAUCAAUUCAGGUUCCUAGAUAAAGCAGCAAUCAAGACAUCCCAAGACCAAAUAAAUCCAGAUGGAUCGCCAGCCGAUCCGUGGAGACUCUGUAGUAUGCAGCAAGUGGAAGAAGUGAAGUGCUUGAUGAGGGUGAUUCCUAUAUGGGCUGCCGCGGCAAUUUACUUUAUCGCGAUAGUCCAGCAACAUACUUACGCAAUUUUUCAGGCCACUCAAGCCGAUCGACGCCUUGGAAACAGCAACUUCAAGAUCCCAGCAGCUUCCUUUGUCGUGUUUUUAAUGCUGAGCCUCUCCAUCUUUAUACCUAUCUAUGAUCGAAUCAUCGUCCCGGUUUUGAGGAGGCUCACGGGAAAAGAAGGCGGCAUUACAGUCCUUCAAAGAAUUGGCAUUGGCAUCUUCAUCUCCAUUGUCUCCAUGCUGGUAUCAGCCUUAGUCGAAGAACGACGGAGGACCAUAGCUUUAACUAGGCCAACUUUGGGUAUUGAACCAAGAAGAGGAGCUAUUUCGUCUAUGUCGGCUUUAUGGCUGGUUCCUCAGUUUGCACUGGCUGGACUCGCUGAAGCUUUUUCUGCCAUUGGACAAGUCGAGUUUUAUUACAAGCAAUUUCCCGAAAAUAUGAGAAGUGUCGCUGGGUCUGUAUUCUAUUGCAGCGUUGCAGGUGCAAACUACUUGAGUAGCCUCCUAAUAUCAAUUGUCCACAGAGCGACUGCUGGAGCAGAAAGCGGGAAUUGGCUUCCAGAAGAUCUAAACAGAGGGAGAUUAGACUACUUCUACUACCUCAUUGCUGUCUUGGGUGUUCUAAACUUGGGUUACUUUUUACUAUGUGCUCGGUGGUACAAGUAUAAAGGAACUCCCGAUGCGAUCCUCGACUCGGAGUCGGAGAAGAAAACCGAAAAGGCUAUUAUUAUAUGAUGUAUUGAUGUAGAGCACGUACGAGAUAUCUGCCUCUUGUACAUAUGAAUGUAGCUGAAUGCGGCAAUUAAACAUUGCAGACCCACAGCGAGUGAAAGCGCUGAGGACACAGCAUCUCUGUUGUCAUGAAUUCAUUAUAAUAUUGUGAGCAGAUUACCUAAUCAAGGAAAAGCAAUGAGAAUUCACUUGUUGCAUACCGAAGUCCCAA